CUUCUCACUUUCGAACAUGCCAUAACCACACAAAACACAACAAAUCGUCUGCCAUGGAGACUGGGAAGCGGUCUUUCCCUCUGAAGGUGAAUUUGGCGGAUUUCUUCAGUGAUCACAGGCAAAAGGCCUACAUAUGCGUGAAGGAGAAGUGGACGUGUGUGCGGGAUCUACAAGAACACAUUGUAGAGCUCUUCAGCUUGUGCCACGAUGUCUUCCUGAGGGACGCCGAUGGAUAUCUCUUCCCGGCUCAGGAACCCAUUGAUAUCAUCCCUCGAGAUGGUUCAGUCCUGAAUGUGGAAAGGCAGGAAAACGAUUGUCAAAGACCUGUCGAUGAUCGGGCGAAAGCCUUCAAAUCUACUCGCAAUUCCACGCCUUUUGCCAACGGAAUACCUCGGGAGAAUGAAUGGGAGAUCACAGAAACACCAAUUGAGGGCAUUCCGCUUCCCAAAGAGAACGGAGCUGUCCUUCCGGAGGUGCGAGAUAAGGAGAAAAAGACGCGAAAGAGAGUGAGAAAGCGCAAGAAAAAUAACUACGAUUACCAGGAAGACUCCUCAUCCCUUCAAGAUGACGCUGUAGAGAAUCACAAGAAGUUGAAGAGCAAAACACUUUCACACAUAAGAUUCCAAGAAGAGGAGGGAAGCAGUGACAAACUGCACAUCACAGACACUCCUCUGGGACAGUCAGACGUGAUAGUCUCUCGGACGCUGCACAAGACCAACGAGAAGGAAUCCAAUGGGAAACAAUCUCUGAACAGAGCCAACGAAACGAACAGCUUUGCCCUGGAGGAACUGAGAGAACGUCUGCCGAACAUGGAAUUGCCAGUGUUGAAGAAGCUUCCCAAGAAAGACGAUGUAAUAGCCUUCAAACUGCUGAAGAUGAGCGAAACCUACGAGCCUGCUCUUUCAGCUUUCAUCAUCGGCAUCGUGGAGUGUGUGUGCAAGGAGAAGGGUGAAGUCAGCCUCCUGAUUCUGUCUGGAGAGGAGGAACUAAAGCAGCCAGAGGGCAAAUUCUCUCUGCCAGAGACGGCAGUAGAAAAUGAGGAUGAUAAUCUUGAUGAUGAUCUGCUCACAGUGAAAUUCUCCAAUUUGCACGAGGUUCGUCGCCUAGAUCUGGCCAAAUUAGGUGCAACAAUGUGAUUGG